AUGACAAGAAGGAUCAAAGUCACCGAUGUAUCGUCCAAGGUUGACUCACUUUCGCCAUUCAGAUCUCAGAGUAUUUCUUUGUUGAAUAAGCAACACUUCUAUCAAAAUAGUAUACUUCUUGGUUGGUCAGAGCGAAAUGCUCAUCCGGUUACACUGCGGCACCUUGCUAAUUUUGGCAAAAGACUGACCAAAGAAAAACUUAUAAGCAGUGCAAACUUUGUGAGAACUGAACUACCAGUUAGACUAAGCUUAAAAAUUAGGGAGUUACAGAGUCUGGAUUUUGAUGUCAUCAACAAUCAUCAUAUUAACCAAGUUUACCAAAGUUACUACCAUUGCUUUAAUGCUUUUAGAAGGAUGGGAAGGAUUGAAACUUUUGAGGAGAAUGAGAAAUUCUGUGAAUUUCUAAGAAAGGUGUUAAACGAUCAUCUACUGGUUCUGCCUCAUCUGAUGAUGGGGGCCCUAGAAGUAUCCAUUUUGCAGAAAAUGCCCCAAGAUCAGUUGGACGAAUUCAUGUCGUCCAUGCUGAGAUCAAGGAUAAGUAGGAGAGUGAUCAUUGAACAACAUACAUCUCUCUCCGAUUCUUUCAAAGACCAGGAUGAAGAUCUGCAUAGGCCCUCCAAUUACAUUGGAGCUGCAUUUCAAUACAUCUCUGCCCAUGAGCAACUCAUAACAUGCAAGGAUAUUGUUUCGAGCUUCUUACAAAGCAUCUAUCCCAAUCUACGGAUGCCAGAGUUGAUCAUAAUUGGCGAUGAUGUCAAAUUUCAAUUUUUGACUAACCAUUUAAACUACAUCUAUGCCGAGAUCCUUCGAAAUUCUUUGAAAUCCACGAUUCAAACAUUUUUACGCCGUAAUUCGCAUUGCACGGCGGCGGAACUAAGAACUCUGAAACCGCCACCCAUAGUGGUGGAAAUAGUGCAAACAAAAAACUCGAUGACCUUUAAGUUUUCGGAUCAAGGAGGCGGUAUGUCAUCAGAAAAGCUCAGCAAAGUUUGGUCUUUUGGAAAAUCUUUAACUCUUGCUGAACAAUACUUUUCAAACUUCAAUAGGUUACCAGGUCUCAAUUUUGAUUUUACGUCACCUGUGGUUGAUCAGAGCGACACAGAGCUCCAUGGGCUGAGUGGAAUGAUUCAUAAUAUUGGUCAGAUGGAAACAAGCAAUAAUCAUAGACAGAAUUCGGUUUUGUCAUCACUUGUUCGGCGCCCUUUCGAGUUCACAUUGGGCAUCUCAAUGCCCAUGUGUAAGGUGUACACAGAUUACUGGAAUGGCGAUUUAGACAUGAAAUCAAUUGAAGGUUACGGAACAGAUGUCUUUUUGCAAUUGAAAAAGCUCGGAAACGCUGAUAAGCCCCAGCUAGAUAAGGCUUAG